AAAAGGGGAGGGACAGAGGAAGUGUUUAUCUUUUUUUUUUUUUUUUUUUCCCUUUAGGAAGUGAAAAGCACUAGUAGGACGUGUUCCUCUAGACCGGCCACUAAGCUAACGCUACGUCUCAUUUGGAGUCGCGAACAUGGUGCUGCUCGAAAACGACUCGUUCCUCACAGAGCUCACACGUUUGUUCCAGAAGUGCAGAUCCUCCGGCAGUGUUGUCAUCACUUUGAAAAAGUAUGAUGGGAGGACCAAGCCGGUGCCCAGAAAAGGCCACUCGGAGUCAUUUGAGCCCGCAGACAACAAAUGUCUUCUCAGGGCUUCUGACGGCAAGAAGAAAAUCAGCACAGUGGUCAGCACCAAAGAAGUAAUCAAGUUUCAGAUGGCGUACUCCAACCUCCUGCGAGCGCACAUCGACGGCCUGAAAAAGAAAGACAAGAAGAGCAAAAGCAAGAAGCCCAAAGCCACCCAGUGAGCGACGCUGUGGACUCAAAGAGGCUCACGAACUGAGGUCGUUCCCAUUUUGAGAAGAUGGGAGCGUGUCCCACCCCAGUCAGUCCAACCCACCCCCCCACAAACCGUGCUCACCCACCCACCCAGUCACCCCUUGGAUAUUCUGCCGCCGUCUGGUGUCGUCAAUGACUGUUCGGUGCCAUCUGCGAGGAUUUCUUUCUUCCGCUGCACAAAUUGACGUCUGGAGCCGCGUCCGUGCCAUCCGUCACGUCGCCCUUUCGUCUGUUGUAUGGCUGCGUUGCCUAUUUAUGUUCAAUUUAGGAUUGUCAAAGCAGACUCUUUUUGGAUAUGAAAUUGUUUCUUUGGAGGGAUGUUUUUCAGUGGAUUGAUAUUCAGGCAGUUGCGUGGAAACUAAUAUCACAUUUCAUCUCUGUAGUUUUAUUUUUUAUCAGGUAAUGAGAACAAUGCUUGUAACCUCCCGCGUAAGACGGAAAGCUGAACUCUUCUUACUUUGUCUGCCGAAGAUGUAAAUCAGAUUUGAGGAUGGAGCUGAAUUGUACAGAACUGUUUGUACAAGUUUCAGCUGUGUUGAAAGGCGCAUU